CUUAUCAGACAAAGCAUUCCUCGCCUACUCCUCAGCCAUCUACAUUCUAUACUCUUCAUCUCCCUCGUUUAUUCAUUCAUUGUCUAUCAUGUCUGUGGACCAAUUGCUCUGCCAGAUUAGCCAGACUACACCUGACGAGGAGUGGUACGAUUUCAACAACUCUUUUGAGAUUCCCUCCGGCUGUUUGGACAGCAACGCGACCUCAGUCGACUCGAUCUCGCCUAGAGACCUUGACUUGGGAUUUUCUAACUUGGACGAAUGCAACUGGGGUGCCACUCCCACGACAUGUCCCGAAAAUCUUUUCUCAGAGUUCGUGAGCUAUGACGGUCCAUAUGAGGCAUAUCAUGACCUCUCAUUAAACAGCCCGCAAAUAUGCCUUAACGCGAAUGAUUGCGUUCAACCACUUCCCACACUCUCAGAGCAAGAGCUCGCAAAUAUAGCGCUUGAUAGCGCUUGGCCCCAAGAGACGGCCUACUCCGAAGACCCCUUCUAUACGAGCAUCCGACAAAUGGUUGAGGCUCAAGCCAUGGCUGACUCGGGAUGUUCCACAAUCAAAGAGAAGAGACGAGAUGCGUCCAUCGCCAUUCAUUUGCAGCGCUUACAGGGGGUCUCGUCUUCUGAAUUUGUCGCAUCGGCGUCCAGUACCAGUUUCCCGUCUCCAUGCUGGUCGGGCUCCGCGCCAAGCAGCACUGGAUCGUGUGCAACACCGGUCGCAGGCUCAUCGCCAGACACAAACGAGAAGGAACAAUUUUUGACGACUCAACCAUCGCCCUCGAGUGGUUCCAUGGAACUAGUGCUUGACCUGAAUAUGAACACAACGACGAAUGUGCCCAAGAAACAGAAACCGAGAUCGAAAGCUCAGAAGGAGAGCUAUAUCAAGGUCCGCAAGUACGGUGCCUGUGAGAAACAUCGCAAGCAACACAAACGAGUAGGUCAAUCUUUAUGGUUUGACUGGAAUAUUUGGAGCAGCCAUGCUAAUGUCAGUACAGUGCAAUUGUCUUGAGAAGGCGGCUGCUCUAAGCCUCACGAGUGGCUCUUUUGGUUCCUCCACCAAUCUAGUGGCCAGAUCGGGUACGGAUGCCCAACUACAUGUCCAUGGACGUGGAAAUGAGCGCCAGGCAAGCUGGAAGCAUACGAGCAGCUCGCCCAUGCUACAACCAACAGGACCUCGCACAGUAGAGCAGGCAACUGCACGCUCACAGGUGCUGAUCCCGCAUAUGCUCCGAUCCUCCAAGGGCGGCGUCCUAGUAGCCCAGACGAGACAGCAUAUG